AUGACAAUCCAAACGAACGAGGAAGAUCCACGAUUCAACAUGGCAGACUCCGGCCAAACCAUAACCCCCAACAAUAACGGCCCCGCCGAACUCCCCCAAAUCCUCAAGAAGUUCUUACUGGGGAUGAUAUGCUGCUUUCUGGGCCUAGCUGUGCUCGCGCUGUGUGCGGGGAUGUAUAUUAUCCUAUCCCCUAUGAUUGAGGCCUUGAUCCCAAGCGAACAUGCAAAAUGGGCUCCCCAAAUCGCCUUCCUCAUGAUCUUAGGCUUUCUGGUUUGGCUUUAUCGAAGUUUACCUCGAAUAGAUCACUGGUAG